ACUAAUAAGCAUAUAUGUUUACUUAAAUAUAGAAUUCAAUCUUUGCAGUAGUAUCAUAACUCUUUAAUUGCUUAGUAAAUUUAAAAUAUAUGCUCACUGAUUUCACAGAGAUAUUAAUAUUAAUCAGAUACAGAAUAGAUUACUUUGAGUAAUUUCACAUAUACUAUUAGUAUUACUGACAAUUUUCUGUUAAUUAAGAGACUACUGCUGCCAAAAAAAAAAAGACCAACACAAUAAUUUGUUGCUGUGCUGUCUCAGCAUUUUAAAAAAAAACUAGCUUCUUGGUACAGACAAUUCUAAAAAGGAAAUACCUGUAUUUGAUUUUUGUGAAUGAACUGUGUGGCCUAUUGGUUGGAAUAAAUAAAGUACAAAUGUAGGCAGUUCACUUUCUGAAAGAUGUGAAGUUAGGAAUUCACAAAAAAGUUAUUAUACCAGAUGACUGUCAAUGGAGAAGAGCCAAGAUGAUAGGUCCAAUUUUUGGUUACAAAGAUCUGGAAAAUUUGUCAGCAAUUGUAAAUUAAGUUUGUAUUAAGUAUCAGCAAAUCAUCUGGAAGCAUUUAAGCAGUAGAAAGAUUUAGAUCCUCGACCAAAAAUGAACCAAUUAUUUAAUGUUGAAAAACAAUUUCUGAUUAAAUUAAGAGACAAAGCAUUGGCAAAUUAUAAUUGAAAGACUUAUCUUGAUAAAAAUUCAUGAAACUCAAAAAAUUGAUUCAUGUGGACGUCAUGAGAGAUAAUAAUUUGUCUCUUUACACAUAUCACUAAUUACGUCUGUGGUAUUUUCAGGUAAAAUCUGAUUUCCCAACAAAUAUCACAUGGAUCUGCUAAUAAAUAAAGAUUAAUUCAGGAAAUAAGGGGGAGUGAUUCUCAUUGAGACAAAGAAAACAAAACACAGCAUACAUACUUGAGCACACCACAAAAUAGUCACUUCUACUAGUCUGUAUUUAGUCUCACAGCUUUCUUUCUCUCAGAGGCUCUGUAGAAAUAAACGUGAUGACUUUUCUGUAAGUCUAUUCAGUGAUCUAGUAAAAUUGAACCAAGGAAAUUGUGCUUUGAAUUCAACAGGUAAACUUGGUAUCUUUGUCUAGUUGACGGCAUCACCUCAUGAUCUUUGUUCUUUCACAGUAUUGGUCAGCUGUUACAUUUAGACAAUGUCAACUCAAUCAGCAAAUGAUAUUGUAGUGUUAAUCCUUUGAACUUAGAUUCAGUAAGUUACUGUUAUAUUCUCUCUGGUACAAUAGACAACCUGCCAAAUCUAUGUCCCUUUGUCCUACCACUCUUACUAUUGAACACGCACAAAAAAAUGGUGCAUCAAUCCUGUCUAUUCCAUUUAUAAUUUUUAACACCUCAAUUAUAUUAAUAUCCCCUCUAAUCCUUCUUUUGUCAAGAGAAAAUAAUUUACAGGACCUUAACCUUUCCUCAUAUAACAGCCUCUCCAUCCAAGUAAUCAUCAUAGUAGCUGUCUUUUGAAUCAUUUUGAGAAUUCAGUGCCCUUAAGGUAAAGAGCUCAAACUGAAAACAGUACUUAAAUAAGGUGCAACCAGAGAUUUAUGCAAAGAAAAAAUAACCUCUGUUGAUUUAUAUUAAACUUGAGAGGCUACUAGAAGAAUUAUCUGUUAUAAAUUAGACAGUUAACUGGACAUAUUGAUCAACUGUGGAAAAGUUUUUAAAAUAAAGCUUUAAAUGUUCAAGACCAGAGCCUCAUUAAGGUAUAGUGCCACCCUAGGCAGAUAGUUUUUGCUGCGCCCACCUCCAUGUGAUCGCUCCAGAAAUGAAGCCUUUGUAUGUUCAGUCACAUGUUAGCUCAGUGCUCUUGAUUGGUAUCUCGAUCUGGUACAUCGGGUUGCAAUGCUCCCAUAUUACAAAAUUAAAUAUAAACUUAAUUCAUCUUUAUUGGUAUCUUGAUCUGGUACAUCGGGUUGCAAUGCUCCCAUAUUACAAAAUUAAAUAUAAACAUAAUUCAUCUUGAUUGGUAUCUUGAUCUGGAACAUUGGGUUGCAACGCUCCCAUAUUACAAAAUUAAAUAUAAACAUAAUUCAUCAAAUUUUUGUUGCCACUUUUAUUUGGUGUUUCUUAAAUUUGCUGCCCUAGGCAUAAAUGUGGCCCUGUUAAAGACAGACAUGUUCAGUGUAUAGAAAAAAGGAUGUCUGCAAGUAAAAGACCAGGUUGGCUCACAAAGAAUAUAAGAUAUGAAAUUAAGAAAGUAUUAUAAAUUUAAGAAGCUAAAAAUUGACUGCCAAGACUUGGAGGAUUAUCGAAGAUCAAGAUAGUUUGUCAAACAAGACAUCAGACAGUAAAAAAAAGAGUAUGUCAAAACAGGUUGACUGAAAACAUAAAAAAUUAACAAUAAGUAUUUCGUUGAAUACAUUGAAAGAAAGCAAAAUGUUAGGAUGGGAGUAGGGCCUUUAAGAGAUGAUAAAGAAAGUCUCAUUUCUGAUGAUUAUGAUAUGGUUGGUUAUAAACUUUUACUUUUUGUUCAGUUUUUGCCAAUGAAUAUUUAAGCAGUAUUCCUCAUCCUGAAACGUUGAUAGAUGGAAACAUGAUUGAACAAAAUCACAUUAAUCGUGAUCUUGUUAAGAAAAAAACUGGGAAGUAUCACCCUUCGUUUAUGGCUUGUGUAAAUCUGUACACCACCCCAUGUGCAAAGAUUUGUAUAUUUUUAUGGAGGGCCAUUCAAAAUGUUGCAUGCAAAAUGCUUGCAUCCUGUGAUGUCGACUGCAGUUGAAGGGUUAAAGAAUAGCAUGGUUAUUGUAUCAGAUAAUAUUUUCCAAAGGGCUUUGAAUGCGUACAGGUUUGGAUUUGCAAGUUAAUUUUUUUUUAAUUCCUUAAAUAGUGUGUAGGUACCAUAAGAUUGGAAGCUGACUAAUGUUACUCUUCUUUUCCAGCGAGGUAAUAAAAGUUGCCAAGGUAAUGAUAGGCCUAUUAGCUUACAUCUGUGGGUGGAAAAGGUUUUGAAGCUGAUACAAGAUGCUUUGUAAAUUCAUUAAAAAAAGUUUCAAAGGUGUUAGAUAGGCAAAAUGGUUUCAUUAAAGAAAAAUUUUUUGCCUUUCUAAUCUUUUGAAAUUUUUUGAAGAGGUUACUGUUUAUGUAGAUUAGGGUAAGGGAGUAGAUUUGGUGUAUCUGAAUAAUCAUAAAGUAUUUGACAAGGUGCCACAUAAAAGACUUUUAAAAAAUUGUAGGCUCAUUGGAUUGAAAAAAUGGUAUUGUUAUAAAUGUAUUUCAGUAAAACUGGAUUAAUACCUCAGUGUUUGUCCCUUUGCUCUUUCUGAGUUACAUCAAUGAUAAUAGAUGAAGCAGUAGUCUAUAAAUUUGUUGAUAAUAUUAAGAACUUGGGGGUUGCUGACUGUGAUGAGAUGACAUUGCUUCACAAAGAGAUUCAUAUUAGUUGGGCAAAUCAAUGGCAGUGGUGACAGGAAGUUGAGCUGAUGCUUUUGUAAAACAAAAAAUACAUAAGGGGACUGAAAACCAUUUAGAGGUUCAAAGUGCUGAAAAUAAGUGAUGGCUUCAUUUGAACUUGUUCCUGGUUGCUGGGUUGGAGGUAAUUGUCCAUGUUUUAUCAUAGCUGAGAUUGGACAGAAUCAUCAAGGUGACAUCAACAUUGCCAAAAAUAUGAUUGAAGUUGCCAAGAAGUGUGGAGCUAACUGUGUGAAAUUCCAGAAAUCAGACCUGAAUAGUCGAUUUAACAAAGCAGCUCUUGACAGACCUUACACAAGCCACCAUUCCUGGGGGAAUACAUAUGGACAACACAGAGCUCACUUAGAAUUCAGUGAGAGCCAGUUCAAAGAAUUAAAAAAACAUGCAGAAAGGCAUGAAAUAAUCUUUUCUGCUUCUGGGAUGGACAUGGUUUCAUUGAGGUUCUUGAACCAGUUAGGUGUUCCAUUCUUUAAAAUAGGUUCUGGUGAUGCAAAUAACUAUUCUUUGAUACAGGAUGUUGCAAGAUUUGGAAAACCUUUAAUUGUAUCCACAGGCAUGCAAUCCAUAGACACAGUGCAGAAAGUAUAUUAUUUGUUAAAACAGUUCAACAUUAAACUUGGUUUUCUACACUGUGUUAGUGCUUACCCAGCUCCUCCUUCUGAUAUAAAUCUUCGGGUUAUCCAGAGUUAUCAGGAAAAGUUUCCAGAUGUUGUCAUUGGUUAUUCAGGACAUGAAACUGGGACUGACAUCAGUAUUGCAGCUGUUGCCUUAGGAGCUAAGAUCCUUGAGCGCCAUCUCACAUUGGAUAAAACAUGGAAAGGUAGUGACCACUGUGCAUCUCUUGAUCCAGAGGAAUUUCAGCAGUUAGUGUCUCAAGUUAGAAAUGUUGAAACAGCCUUAGGUUCACAUAUUAAAAUCGUGAGAGAGUCUGAAAUUGCUUGCUACAGAAAGCUUGGCAAAACACUGGUAGCUUCACAAAAUUUACAGUGUGGAACAGUUCUCUCAGAAGACAUGCUUGACAUAAAAGUUUCUGAACCUAAGGGACUAAAUGCAGACCAGUUCUAUAAUGUUAUAGGCCAUACUCUGAUUCAUGAUAAGGAAUAUGAUGACAGUAUUUUUGAAGAAGAUAUUUCUUGAAAUCAUGUGCUAUUAUUAGAACUGAGCAGAUAGUUAAGUGUUUCAACAUAAAGCUUAGAAAAAUUAUACUUUGUAAUUUUUUUCUCCAUAGUGUUGCACAGAAUAUUAUAUAUAAUGAACUUUCCAUAUAGCUUUGCAGGGAUGUUACCUUUUAUGUGGUUUGUGCUUUCUGUUAUUCUCAAGUUUAGUUAUAAUAAAUAGAUAGUGUUAUGUUCCCAGUCAGAGUCUGGUGAUUUAUUACAUAGCCAUAGGAUUUGGCUGAGUGAUUAAAUGUAUAGUUUAUGUAAAUUAAUGAAAUAAAUAGAAAUAUGAUUUCCUGAUAA